UCCUCAGAGGAGCUCCAGACUCUAUCAAAAAGAGAAAUAUUUCUUUUUCUCUUCAAAAUGAAAAUAGACUUAGAGGUCAGUGAACCAAUAGACUUUAGUUUGGGAGAUCAUCAACAUCUGAUUCGGAAAGCAGCAGAUGAAAGCAUCCAGUCUAAAUCCGGUCAACAGGACACACCGUCAUCUCCAGAUGAGCCACAAAAAACUCGAGACAGUCCACACUCGAAGGCUGCUAGGCGAGCAGAUGCCUUCGUGGUAUACAUUUCAGAUGAAAACACACCAGAUGACCGUGGCAGAUCUUUAGCCACUUCAUUCUCAGAUGCAUCUAUCCGCAAAGCUUUCAUUAUGAAAGUGUUCCUCAUCUUGUCAGCUCAGCUGUCGGUCACUGUGGCGAUUAUCAGCAUGUUUGUUUUCUGGAAGGCUUUAAAAGCUUGGGUGAUUGCCAACCCCUGGUUCACCUAUGCACUCUUACCAGCAUUUUUUGUCGUAUUUAUUAUACUUGCUUGCUGUGGGAAACUCCGACGUCAGGUGCCUGCAAAUUACAUUCUCCUCGUAUUCUUUACAAUUCUUCAAGGUCUGCUGCUGGGAACUAUUACAGUUUUCUAUAGAGCCGAGGAAGUCUUGUGGGCAACGGGAGCAACUGCUGUGGUGACAUUAGCGCUCACUUUAUUUGCUCUACAAACAAAAUGUGAUUUUACCUUGCUAAAUGGAAUGCUGUUCGUUUUCCUCUUCAUACUUAUUAUCUAUGGAAUUAUCUUAAUCUUCAUACGAUCAUAUUGGUUGCAUCUGUUGUAUGCUGCACUAGGAACUGUGAUUUUCUCAUUUUACUUGGUGAUGGAUGUGCAGCUCAUGGUGGGCGGGCGCCACCAUUAUUCUAACCUAAGCCCCGAAGAAUAUGUUUUUGCUGCCCUGAACAUCUACCUGGACAUCAUCAACCUUUUCCUUUUUAUUUUGCAACUAAUCGGAUUGGCACGCUAGCCGUACAGCCAAGGCUGGCUCAUGAUGAGAAGUGGGAAGGAGGGAUGCUUGUGAAGUGUCACCAGGCUCAAGACAAGCAGAGGUUACCACUUCAUAAACCCUUAAAAAAAAAAUUUAAGAAUACUUAUUUUUUUUUUUUGUCAAGUGAUACCAAGUGUUCAAUAGAUGGUAGCUGUAGUUGUUAUAUUUUUAGUUCCACUGUCACAUAGCAAAACUUUCUGGGGGACAUUUCUGACUUUUAUAAACUCAAAAGAUGAGUAUUGUAAUUACAUACUUAUGAACAUUUGUAAGAUACCUAUUACUUUGUUGAAGAUUUUCAGGCACUCUUUAUAGCUGUAAAUAAAGUCUCCCCACGUGAAUAAAACUGAUGACAGAAACCUA